ACCUUUCUUCCCCAUUUUUGGUUUUCCUCUGCGGCGGUAGAUCUGGUUUCUUCUCCGGUGAAGCUUGCUGUCGUUGUUCUUCUGUAGCGCCCCCUGUUGUCCGCUCCGCGCUGGUGCCGGUUGAAAUCCUGCUUUUAUUGGUCCUGCAGCAUCAACUUCCCACUGCAGAGGGAGAUAGGUGACCCCUCCACCAUCAUUACUUCCAUUUUUCCUUGGUUGUCGUCUUGGAAGAUCAGACCAUGUCUCCGUCUAAAUUCCCUUUUGCACUCAAUAGCCCACCAUGGAUUUUGUACUUCUCCUUGGUCUGGGCCAUGCUCAACAAGAGGUUGGGGCAAUGGUUAUCGUUGGUGAUGAGUGGAGGUGACAAGGUGGGUGUGUUUAAGGCAAGCGACAAUGGCAAGCAAGAGACCGGAAAAGUUGCAAGCGACGAAGGGUUGCCUUUAGGAUCAAGAAGAAGAGUGGCUCUUGCAGUUUAUACCCUUCACCUUUAAUAGGGUUUACCUUUUAGUGUCUUUUCUUUUUCUUUUUCUUUGUUCAAUUUAUGUCAUUUAGUUUAGUUUUGUUCACUUUAGUCCUCCCUUUAUUGUUCAGUUUCGUCUAGGGUUUGGUCCUUUGGUUUAGUCUUGAUCAGUUUUGCUCUUAGGAUUGUUGAUACGAGUUUGUUAUCUUUAUGCAGUUAAUUAAUGGGAGUUUAUUAAAAUAAGUAAUUUUUU